AUGAAGAGAGCUAAGAAAUUAAAAAUAAAAGAAAGAAAUGAAACUUCAAGUGUUAAUGUGAUUCAACGUCCCAUUCGUGCUGUUGAGAAAAAGCAACGGAUAAUCAAAAACGCUAGUGAACGAAAGGCAAUCCCUUGUAGUGAGUCAGACUCUCUUGAAAAUUCGUCAAAUGAUUCUUCAAUCAAAAAUGAUAUGGUAGAGAACUUGUCUUUAAAUUCCUCAUCGUUUAUUGAAAACUCCCCACAGUGUACACAGACUGAUAACAUCAACAUUUUUACCUUGACUCAUUCUAUAGAAACGCAGCAAUAUUACACUUUAGAUAAAGAGUCAAUUCUUAAUCAACACACACCCACCAGGAAACCUGUUCAGGGUAGAAGGGUAUCCUCUUCAUCUUGUUCAAGUUCAUCGCGCUCUAGUUCCAACUCCUCAAGUAGCAGCUCCUCAAGGUCCAGUUCAUCCGCUUCAAGAAACGCACAAAAUAUGAAAUUUAACGUAAUCACCUCUCAUAUUAAUGUGGAUGGCGCGAGUACUAGCCAAUUAGCUACAAGAAGUGGCAGAGCUAUUUCCAAAUCAAAUUAUUUCGCAUCUCCUAUCAAUGGUCCUGAAAGUGACCCGGAUCUAAGCGACUAA